AUGGAUCAUCAUGAUGGAGCGAAUUGCAGAUUAAUAGACUCCCAGCUUGACUUCUUUGGUGAGGAAGUCGACCACGGACAUUUCGUUAAGGAGUUAGAUGUAAAAGUGACCUUACCGAUCUUUGCUGAAUAUGUCUUUCGUAGCUGUCAUUGUUUUUCAAAUUUAGAACAGGUAACAGAAGUCAUCGACGAGUUCGAUCGGUUGUCUGCCCAUCCUGGUUCGUAUUCGGGAUCUCGAAGAGACCCACAUCCGCUUGCACUUAUCAAGGCGUUAACGCAGUCCAUAGGCUGCAGCCAGCUUCGAUACAAGGCGGACAACAUACUGAAGUUCCGUACUGCUCUCCGCGAAUAA